AUGAAAUCUAACAGCGGUAGCUUGGCCAUUGGGGAGCUGCUUGGAGCCGCGAGCUUUAUCACGUCGGUCGUUGCAGGAUCGAUGGCGUUGGUCCGCCCGUUCAAAGUUGCUCGAAGAAGCUUUGUUCGUGAUGUCGGGUAUUUCAUCGUGGCUGUGAGCUUCAGUAUGUUAUUGUUAGCAGAUGGCCGCCUCCAUGCGUGGGAAUCCGCCGCGAUGGUCGCCUUAUAUUGCUUCUAUGUCGUCUUGGUCGUAACCUGGCACUGGUACUUUGUGCGCUGCCGUCGUGUCUAUGAGAGGGAUAUAGCUGCGCGGUCACACUUUCAUAUCCCUGAAAACCAAGAAUUGGAGAUCGAAGAAGCCGACGACGAUGAUCCUGGAAUUGUCUCUGAAUCCACAAGUCUUCUUCACGGUGUUUCAGUAGAAGAUUUUGACGUCUUAGAGAGAGGUGGAGAGGCCUCUUGGAAAGAUGGGGAUGACGACGAAACCCGCAACAGGUACUUAGCAGAGAUACGGGAUAAUAUGCACUUGUAUCGUCCCUCUGUACACAGACGUAAUACUUUGAACCCGAUCAGGCCCAGUCUGGUUGGUGCGCUGGAGUUUCAGUCCGUUGUUUCUUCUCUUCAGCGGUCGCGGAGUACUCAUCAGAAUGUUCCGAUUUCCCUUCCGCGGUACACAGAUGGUUACGAUGGGUCUCAUGCGGCACAUCCGGAGCGUGAUAAUAUCUCUGUUGCUUCCCACCCAUGGAUCAGUAAGCCUUCUGCAACUGGCCAUCUGUCGCCUAACAGCGGAACAGGCUCAACUCGAACUCGAGCUGUGUCCGCUGAUGAUGUUACGGGUUUAAAGUUAGACACUAGCAUGUUCGCUUCCGGUGCAGAGCGACCGCGCGUUGCUAUCACUCGGCCCUCGGUCGAUGAUCCAACUGCAUUUGUUCAGACACAGACUCAUCAAACGAAUAAGAGUGGCGAGUCAGGAUUCUCGUCGUUGUCGUCCAGGCAAGCAUGGCGAAGUCCCAGCCCAGAAGGAAGUGCGCGUCCGCGGACUCCACAAUUACUUGCACCCCCUGUGGAGAGUCCUUCUUGUCCAUUCCCUCCCUUCCUUGAUACAUCUAAUCCGGCCCACUCCAGGGCACCUAGUAUACGCCUACCACCUGUUUCUAGCCCUACCGAGGAGCUGCAGGUGCAUGACAGCAUCUAUGAAAAUGGGCGCCCUCGAGCUUCGAGCCAGAUGCAGUGGUUGUUUUCUUUCACAUCCGUUCUAUUACCGUCUGUCAUUCGAACACUCUUCCCUACUCUGGCCGGGUGGAAGACGAAGAGUUUCUGGGAAAGGAUGCUAGGAGUGAUUGCGGCUCCUAGCGUGCUGUUGUUGACGAUAACUGUCCCUGUUGUUGAGCCUGCACAGCAAGAAACCAGCGCAGAUCCUGUAACGGUCGUAGUGACUUCAGCAGAUGGAGGAGACUCUGGAGUACCUGCAGUGAGGCUGCCGGAGGAUAGCCCGCUUGUUCUAGCUGUUGAUCACAGAUCCACUGCCGAACAAGCUAGUACAGGCCGUACCGGCAAUAGCCAAUCAGGGCAGGGGCGACAACGUUGGGACUCAGAGUUGCCCGCCGUUCAAUCACGGCCAGAUCCUUCGGAGGCAACGCCGAAGGAAUGCUGUCAGUGGCUAGUUUGGUUACAAAUAUUCACCGGCCCCUUUUUUGUUGCUUUGAUUGCCUGGACAGCCAUUGAUUCUGACCUAGACAUCCGCAAUUUCUUACUACCGUCCCUCUUAUCUCUGCUCUUGUCGCUGGUAUGCAUCACUGGUCUUAUCACAAGCUCACGGCAUAGUAAUCCUUGGCAAUUUUCAACUGCAUGGCGUCCUUUACUGGCUUUCUUGGGCUUCAUCGUUGCUAUAUGCUGGAUUGCGACCAUAGCUACCGAGGUCGUCAGUCUCCUCAAGACCCUAGGGGUUAUCUUGAACAUCAGUGAUUCACUCCUUGGACUGACCGUUUUUGCCGUUGGAAACUCGUUAGGCGAUCUUGUUGCUGAUAUCACCGUUGCCCGCCUAGGAUACCCAGUUAUGGCGUUGAGUGCAUGCUUUGGCGGACCUAUGUUGAAUAUUCUUCUAGGGAUUGGCCUAGGUGGUCUGUACAUGACUCUUCAUGCAAAAGCAGAAACGGUAGUCACGGAUGGAGUUCCGUAUGAGAUCACCAUAUCCAAGGUACUCAUCAUCAGCGGCGCCACACUGCUAUCUACACUAGUAGGGCUACUGAUAGUAGUCCCGUUGAACAAAUGGAGAAUGGACCGAAAAGUCGGCUGGGGUCUAGUGAUUCUAUGGUGCAUCAGUACUUUGACAAAUGUCAUUGCAGAAGUUUUAACUUAA